UGGAUCAGGAGAAUAGUUUUUCUCACUUGCAACUCAAGACUUCCAUAAAUAUGUGUUUAGUUGGCAGAUUUUUGUAGACAUGGAACCAAAGUUAAAUUAGCCACCACUCAUUUAUUUACAAUACAUAAAAUACAAUUUUACAAUUUAGCUGAGUCAUGUUCCCGUGACAGACAGACAGACGCGGGGCGGGACCGACAAGGCUUCGUCCAUGGGCGGGACUCGAACACCCAAAUCAACAGAGUUAUUGCAAAACAUCGGAUCAGCAGCCUCGGACCGCUGAAACCUUUAAAAUAGGGUUAAGUUAUCGCGGAUAUCGUGACCAUGGCAGAUGAAGCAGCAGUUGUGGAGGGAGGCAUCAGCCAAGCUCAGAGCCCUCUGGUCGCAGUCAGCUUCCAGAGAAACGUCCGGAGGAAAGAGAAGUACCUGGAGGCUGAACCCAAAGCUCUGGGGAUCACUCAGAUUGGCACGAGUGUGUUUCAGAUCACCUGUGUGGGUAUGUUUAUGUCCAAAGACUUUCAUCAUGAGCACACUGACGUACCUUUCAUGAUUUCAUCUCUGCUGCUGAUAAUAGCUGGGAGUUUGGCUGUAGCAGCUCAGAACCUCCAUCUGCCAACGCUGAGGGCCUGUUUAGUGAUGCAGAUUUUGGCGUGUGGUGCCUCCAUCUUCAACUUGAUAUGUUGUCUGAUCAAAAUGGACAGCGUGCCAACUUUAUGCUGGUAUCAACACUAUGACUUCAACGCCACUCGUAUAGAAGAAACCUGCCAAAGCAUUCAGAGCACCCAUACACAUCUUUAUGCUGAGAUUAUGGUCAUUCAGGCUGCUCUGUUAGCCAUCUCCGUCACUCUGGCCGUCUACUGCUGCAAGGUGGUCAACUGCUGCUUGCCAGCUCCCAAAAUGCCAGUGAUUACUGUGCAUAUGCCCCCUGUCCAACAGUGAGGAGACAAAGUGGACAAGCGCAGAAGACAGUUUUUCAAUCAAUAUUGUUAUACUAACAAUGGAUCCAAUGACUGUGUGUAAUGUGUAAAAUAUGCAAGUGUUUUCUGAUAUAACAUCCAUAGCAAAUUUAUAAGGUGGUAAUGUGUCAAUGUUGUAUUUACAGCUGUUCCACUCCACUCAAGAAGUAAAAAAAAAAAAUCAAAAUCAAAAGCAUUUGGGGUUUCCUCUGAGGAGGAGCUUAAGAAACCGUCAGUAUUUUUAGUAAAUUACAAUGUUCUCACACUUUGCAUGUUACUUAUUUUUUCAUAAGAUUUCUGUUUCAUAUGUACUCCUUCUCUAAUGUUAACUUUAAUCAUAGCUAAAUAGUUACAACUGUAUAGAGUGCUGCGGGAAUCAUCAACAUUUUUGGUUUUCUGGUUCCCAUGUCUCAAAGUCAAUGGGUUUUUGGAAUGCGUUUUUGGUUUCCUGAAAUAAUGUCUGCGCUUAACACAAACUUAACAUUUUGUUCUACAACAUAAAAUACCUUUGUCAAUAUCCCACUUAAGAAUUUUGAAGCUUUUACGUGUCCUAAAAAGCUAUGUUUAUUUGUGAAAAAUGGAAAAAAACAAAACGCUUUUUUAUGGAGGUAACCAGAGCGAUGCUAACUGGAAGGUAUGUUGGCCAAUAAAAACACGCCAUCCCUGCACCACUCUAUAGAGGCAACAAAUCAACUUAACGCUUACAGCAUAAAUAACAUCACAAAUUGAUACACAUUAAUGCUUUUCUGAAAAUAUUUUUGCUCAGAUUGUUGAUUACUUUAUGAUGAUCACUACCUAUAAUAUGCUUUACUGAUGUUUCCUAUGUGAUUGCAACUAACAACUAUGGAAAAUAAAAGCUGUAUUUUUUA